AAUUCAUACGCAGUAUAAUACAUAUACAAUCACACAAACUUGGCCUCAACUAGCAAGUAAACCCUCCAACUUAGAAAGUGCACAUCUAGACAUCUUAACUGGCAACUAACACUCCAACUCGUCCCCACUCCUGACGCUGAUAUGACACACAAACUUUCGAGGUGUCUUUGUAAGUUUGAGUGUUGAACUUACAUAACGAAGGUGAGUUGAGGUAUCUAAAUGUGCAUACUCAAAGUUAGUGUGUUAAUUUGUCAGCCGAAGCCAAGUUUGAGUGUUUGUUUAUAUAAUAUGCCUUCAUAUGAUUGACUGCAACUUGCUUGAGAUUGAGGCGUCGCCUUGUGUUAGCAGUAUCAAUUGCCAUUGGCCAUGAUUUAUUUCUCUAUUUCCCUACCCCAUGACUAAGCCAACUGGCAACUUUUGAUAUUCUUUACAAUUUUGAGGAAAAAAAGAAAGAAAUGGUAACAGACAAAGCAUAGGGACAAAACUAGUCUACUAUUUGAGUGUACUAAGUUUGGUUGGUUCUAUUAUAACCUUAUACUCUUCUCCUCUCUCCACUUAUAAAUAGACUACCAACAAAGAGAAUUCAUCCAAUAUUAGUCUUUUAAUUCUUCCUUUUAAAGUACUACCUUCUCUUCUGUCAUAAAUAGUCUUCUGUUUUUCGUUUAAGUAACAACGCUGAAAUCUUGAUGGACAUAUCAGGUUCUGGAUGUACUAGUGAGUGUGAAUCUGGAUGGACAAUGUACUUUGAUGAAUUCUCAUAUUCUUCGGAUCAAUUCAAUGUAGUUACGGGGAGAAGUAUUUAUGAUGGUAGGGGAAAAUCAGCAUAUGCAGAUGAAGAUUUGUCGAUGGUUUCUGAUGCUUCAUCUGGUCCACCACAUAACAAUUUCCAUGAGGAUAGAGAAUUCUGUUGUGAAGAAAAUGGCAACUUCUUAGAUAUUUCUGAGACUGAAAAUACAAAGGAGAAACAGAAAAGGAAAAUGAAAGAGCAGAGUGGAAAAAAACACAAUGUUUAUCUUGAUGAUACUGCUAGUUCUCCUGUAUCGAAUUUCCACAAGGAUAACACGGGUUUUUAUAACGAUACUACUUGCAUGGAACAAGUAGCAGGCAACUCGGGAACAUAUUCGAAGGGUACAUCUGUUCUGGGAAAACAUUUUGGUUUCUUGAAAACAUCUGUGAAUGGGAAAGCUUCAUCUGAGAAAUCUGGUGUUUUGAAGGGAAGAAAGAGAGGAUAAAAACUGGACAAUUUGUUUUUUUUAAUCCUUCUUCUAGUUAUUUUUUCCUGUCUAUGUAGUGGGAAACAACCUCAAAGUAUAAAUUUGAAAACAGAAUAAGAAAAUUCUGUUUUUUUUGUUUUUUUUUUUUGAAAUUUGAAGUUGUACACUUUUUUUUCAAUCUUUCGGUGUUCGAUAUGCAUAUUAGGGUUCGACUAAAUACGAACUCGUGACUCACAUAUUGUAGACUCAUUUUGGGAGUUAUGCUUUCAAGAGGUUUUCUUUCA